AUGCUCGAUGCGGACGAAAGAAGAACAGUUGUCAUAACAGGGUGCUCCCCUGGAGGCAUAGGCUACUCGCUUUGCUGUGCAUUCAAAGCAAAAGGGCUCCGUGUGUUUGCGACCGCGAGACGACUUGAAGACCUUGCGAGUCUGGAAGCCAAAGGAAUCGAGACGUUAGCACUCACAGUCGACGAUCCGCAAAGCGUACUACAAUGCUAUGCCGAGAUCGAGAGGCGCGUAGGUUCCAGAGGGCUGGACUACCUGGUCAACAAUGCUGGUCAAAACUACACAGUCCCUGCAAUGGAGGUAGACUUGCAGGAAGCCCGGCAGAUUUUCGAGACGAACUUCUUCGCUGUGAUAUUGAUGUGUCAAACAUUCCUGCCGCUGCUCCUGAAGGCUAAGGGAUCAAUUGUGCAAAUUGGAUCAGUAUCUGGGGUGAUGCCGUACGUCUUUGGCUCCGUUUACAACGCAUCUAAAGCAGCUUUGCAUUCCUUGAGCGACACGAUGCGUAUCGAACUGGCUCCAUUUGGAGUCAAAGUCGUCACAAUCAUUACAGGAGGCGUCCAGUCGCGGAUUGCUCGGGAGGAUCGCCAACUGGCGCCAGAUUCUCUUUAUAAGGGCAUAUUGCCAGAGUACAAUCGCCGCGUCCAGCACAGUCAGGAAGGUGCAAUGAGCCGCGAUACCUACGCGCAGAGCGUCGUUGCACAAAUAGUCCGACAUUCCGGUUCGAGAUCAUACAAGAAAUGGCUGUGGGAAGGAAAUAAGAGCAAGUUGAUACAAUUACUCGUUGGAGGGUGGCUUUGGUUUGGUCUCUUUGAUUGGAUGUUUGCGCGUAUGUUUGAUUUGAAGAAGUUGAAGAGGGAUUGA